AAUCGGCCGGGAGAAGCGGCGGGAUAAGCACUUUUACUGAUUUUUCACCACCGCGUGUCUGAAUGUUAUAUCACAAACCACGGGAGUGCGGGAGAUGGCGGUCAGUGUCGUGAGCUAUCUCGUGUUCGUCUUCUUUGCCGUGCUUCAGUAUCAUGAUGUGAAUGCGGAGACAAAAACGUUCAAGGAUCUAUUUAACAGUACGUCCUGCGCAAAACCACCCUACGAAUGUCCACACCCGCAAAUUGAAUUUUAUUUGUACACGAGAGAAACGCAGAAGAAGCCUUUACGCAUUGACGUACGAAGGUUCGAGUCGCUUCAGCACUCCAAAUUUAAUAGGUCACAUCCCACGAAAAUCAUUAUCCACGGUUUUGGAGGAGGGAGGAAUUUAAUACCUAGUCCGGAUAUUCGAAAAGCGUAUUUCACGCGAGGCGAUUACAAUAUUAUAAUCGUCGAUUACGGUUCGUUGGUACGCGAGCCUUGUCUGUCGCAAAUACAAUGGGGUCCAGAUUUCUGUUCACGAUGUAUUGCUCAAUUGGUAAGGUACUUGAGGGAUCAUCCUCGGGGAACGAGGGUGGAGAAUAUACACGUGCUUGGGUACAGCGUUGGCGCGCAUAUAGCUGGCCUGAUUGCGAAUUAUUUGCCCGAUGACAAGCUUGGAAGGAUUACAGGACUGGAUCCAACGAUAUUUUUCUACAUGAAUGGAAACCGGUCGAUGGAUUUAGACGAAACGGACGCGCAUUUCGUCGAUGUGAUCCACACUGGUGCCGGGAUCUUGGGCCAAUGGGGGCCGACUGGGCACGCGGAUUUCUACGUGAACGGAGGAUCCAGCCAGCCCGGAUGCGCGACAGCUUCCUUGCUCCAGACGCUGUCGUGCGAUCACACAAAAGUGACACCCUAUUACAUAGAGUCAAUCACGACGAAAGUAGGAUUCUGGGCAGCUCCGUGUGGAAAUCUCUUUUCCUACCUGAUCGGCUGGUGCAAUCCGAAACUCGAGGAGUAUAUACUCAUGGGAGAAGACGCCCCACACACAGCACGAGGCAUCUAUUAUCUCUCAACAAACGGAAACAAACCAUACGCCCGCGGCCUUCCCGUAAAAAACCAACGAACGACAAAUCGGAAACGAUCGUCCUCCCGCCAGUAUUAAGCUUAUUGAAGCAACUAAUCAACAUAAUUAUAGAAUAAACUUGCUGUAUACGUGGUUGUUAAUAAUUGUAUGCGUUGUACGUUUGUGUUGUGUUUGGCUCUGUUGUUUCUUUGUACAUUUCUCUCUUUUAAUUGUUUUCUUUCUUUUUUUUUUACGUAAUAAACUAUUUUGCCACGCAACCGUCUAUUUUCCAUUAACCGCCGCAUACCGUAAUUUGCCGAUUAACGUACUUAUACCACAGAUACUAUCAUUACGGCGUUUCAAGAACUUUCACUCUUUCCGAUUCCAGCAAUUCUGCAAAAUCGCCGGGCGUUCCGUGACCACGCGAUUCACUGUUCUUGUUGUUAUAAUGCUACCUAUAUUACCUGUUAUCAACCUGUGAACCUACUUUUCCUCGUUACAGCUCGUUGUUUCGUUAACUAUAAUAGACGCGGAGAUAAAUUGUAAUUAACGUGCGAAAUUGGCGAAAUCAGGGGAAGAUCGUCCUUUCGUGUGGCAUUCCAAUAGAUGAAAUUUGCCGAGUAUAACUCUUAAUCGCGUCAAUUCGUUUCCGAAUUGUGUUAAUCGUACGAAAAACCAGGAAGGGAAUUCACCUUUCGAGAGGAUCGAAAUAAUCAUCAGAAUUGGUAAUUAACUGUUACAACUUUACUGUUAUAAUUGAGAGAAAAAGAAAUAAAAAAGGGAAAGUGAGUGUAACAUGCGAUUACACGA